ACUCUUCAUGGUGAAUAUAUAAGGGCUUGACCACUGACGCCACACACAGUAGUAUCAAGGUGGUCUUUAGUUCAGAGUCAACACUUUCACCGAACAGCAACACAAGGGGAACAUGUUCCUGUUGAAGAUCUCUGCCUUGCUAGUGGUGCUGCAGAUGUCCAGCUCGAGCGCUGCCCCGGCCAGACCCGCUUCAGAGUCUCUGACAGACAGAUUUGCGCUCAUGGACUACGAGGCACGGAGAUUAUUGAGCGCUAUAGUCAAAAACGUGGUGCAGAUGACGGCGGAGGAGCUGGAGCCCACCAGUGAUGACGACAGGUACGAACUCCACAGCCAGGGCAGAUUCCUGUCCAAGCGCUGCUCCAAUCUCAGCACCUGUGUGCUGGGAAAACUGUCCCAGGAGCUGCACAAACUGCAGACGUUCCCGCAGACGGACGUGGGCGCGGGGACGCCCGGCAAGAAGCGCAGCCUGCUCGAGGGCAACCUGUUCCCCAGCUACGAGGAAUCCUUUAACACCAUCUAACCCUCCCCCCCGCUGCAUGUGGAGCUUGACUGACCGCACACACACGCCUGCUGCAUCGGGCUCUUCCUUCCUUCCUUCGUUCGUUCUGUCUUUGUUUUUUUGGCAGAGAAAGGCAUGUUAAGACCUAGAUUAAAUUUCUUCCUCAAGGAGUCAUUUUUGUGCAUUUCACAUGUAUUAUAAAGGUAACUGAUGAUGAUAAUCAAAUAUAUAUAAAAAAAGUAUGAUUUCUUUCAUGUAAUUAAGUUCAAUAAAGGUAUUUUUAUAUCAGGAA